UCCUCGACUUGAUCAGUUAAACCUUGCUGGCAGCAUGAGAGCAGUAUUGUGACUACGGCUUUUUUGAGAAAUACUGCAACCUGGAAUAUCAUGCCUAGCAUUUAAAGUUCUGAAGAGCUUGAACAGAAUUAAAGAGCGCAAUGGGAAAUACUGUGAAAACGGUGAGAGCCUCCGAAGAAACAAGUUUGCCAAGCCAAACAGGUCAGGAGAGUGAUUUCCUUGCUGUCCUCUAUGACUAUCCUUCAGCAGACAUAAGCCAACCUAUAUUUCACAUGGGGGAAAAACUACGUGUGUUAUCAGAUGAAGGAGGCUGGUGGCGAGUUCACUCCCUUACAACAGGUAGAGAAAACUAUAUUCCAGGAAAAUAUGUAGCAAGGGUUUACCAUGGCUGGUUAUUUGAAGGGCUGGGAAGAGAAAAAGCAGAGGAACUUCUACAGCUACCCAACACCAAGGUUGGCUCUUUCAUGAUCAGAGAGAGUGAAACUAGGAAAGGGUUAUAUUCCUUGUCGGUGCGGCACAGACAAGUGAAACAUUACAGGAUCUUCCGCCUUCCAAAUAACUGGUAUUACAUCUCUCCACGGCAAACCUUUCAGUGCCUUGAAGACCUUGUGAAUCACUACUCAGAAGUUGCUGAUGGCCUCUGCUGUGUCCUUACAACACCUUGUCUUACCCAGUGCAGUAACAACAACAGUGUCAUGAAUCAAGUUCCUCCUGUGGUGAUGCGGAAUAAAAACUUCAGCUGGAGAAAUAUUCACAGGCUGGAAGUGACUGAAGAUACUGAGAGCACCCUGGCAGCAAUGGAUGAUUCUUGUCUCAGCUAUGGCCUGAGAGAAAGUAUCGCUUCCUAUCUCUCCUUAACAGGAGAUGACAAUGCUUCUUUUGUAAACGGAAGAAAGAAGAAAGCCCAGUCUCUUAUAUACACAGGGAAUAAACGUAAGAGUACCCUUCACUUGCCACCUACAUACUAUGAAGACUAAAUGCAAGGCAACCUGAGGAAAAAAUCCACAAGUGAGGGGUCAGAAGAGAAAUUCAAAGCAUCCUGUGGUCCUGCUGCCCUUCUACAGCCGAGAGAGACAAGCACACCAGCUGAUGCUGGUAAUGCUUCUGCAUUUCCUCUUCUGAAUGUUAACCAGAGACCUAUUUUGGGUGCUAUCUCGGCCACAGCAUAAGCUGGGAACGUCCUCAGUGCACCUGAAUUCAGAACUUGCUCACAAGCAGGAUAAAUUGAGAUAGACUUUAAGUCAAAAGCCAAGGCAAGAGGCAGAAAACUGCAGAAAAGGUGAUGCCCACCAUUGUUAAAAGGUGAUUGCAUAGGGAAGGACUAACUACAGCUCAAGAACUUAAGUCUUACUCUGCUGUUCUACAUGAGGUUGAAAACCACCUUUACAGAACCUGCUUACAUUGAGCAAAGAAGCCACCUUCUUCUCCAUAUAGAAACAUCCAUUAUUAUUGACAAUGGGUCAGAAAGUUGUCAAUAACUCCAAGAAAAAGCAUAAGAUGCAUUUUCCAAGAAACACUUGAUUAUAUUGACUCCAUACUCUGUAAUUUUUACCCUUUUAGGAGAAAAAAAUUAAGAUCCUUGACUUUCUAAGUGGCAUUUUAACUUUUGGUGAUGGCCUGCAGUGUCACAGAGUGGUCACAAAACUAGGAACCAGUUUAAUUCACUGAGAAAAGCAGUUCUUGCUUUGCCCUGAGCGAGGAGUACACAUGUAUCCAAAAGGAUAACUCAGCUGCUCAUAGUCUAGCAGAUAGACAACAGAAAACUAAGGGGGGGUGUUAAAUGAAAAUGUGGUAACAUCAUGCCUAACUGCAAAGACAGGCUUGCAGAGGUGUGACUUUUUAUGUGUAGAGGACCAGGUUAUAACCUCAUCUCCUGUAGGCACUGCCAUAUUUAUGUAUAAUAUUUAUAUUAAUAGCAGAUUUUAAAAAUAAUUAAACUAAGAAAGCAAAGCAGCAACAGUGGAUGUUAAAGAGUUUUCUGAAUUUAUUGUCUGAACAGAGUUAUGCCAAAUAUUAAUGACACAUUUCAUCCAAUUCCUUAAAGAUUUGUCACUGGGUUAUCUGAAAAUUAGAGAUUUUUCCUAUACAUAUGCAGCCUUUCCUACAUGACAAAGCAGCAGCCAGCACAGUCCUUUGAACCUGACUUGUGAUUUCUUUCUAAACUAAGUAGUCACAUCUUGGGAUGUAAAAUGUUGCAAUCUAUGUUGUCAAGAGGUUUUCAAUUUAAUAUUCCGUCAUACUUUUUUGCACAGAUUUGAGUUACAAAGGUUUGGAGAGGUAGGGAAUUGAGGUGUGUGUAUAUAUAUAUAUAUAUGUAUGUAUGUAUGUAUAUAUUUCCUCUGUAAAUACCUCUUAGCAGAAAUCUGUAUGCUUUUAGAUCUUGUGACAGAUCAUUUGCACUAGCAAGAGACAUUUUGAGACUAAAAUAGUUGAUAGCCUAGUCAAACAUAUUUCAGAACUUAAUGGAUGAAUGUCAUUUGGCAAGGAAACAUUGAAACCACAAAGCAAAACAAACUCAGGAAAUCUAGGCCUUUGUAUGAUCUCAUUACUAUUACUGAUCAUUAAUACAUUACAUUGACUGCUUUUUUUCCAGUGAAAUGUAUAUAUGGGGAGCAUUAGAGAUUUUUAACACUUGUAUUUAUUCAUUAAAAUAAUAUCUAGUAGUUACUUUGCAUUGCUUUUAGAAAAUGGAAAACCUAGUGUGCAACUAGUCCAAACACCCAGUCUUGCCAUGACACUGACAAGGGUCUCUUUGGUGGAACACAACAAAAGAAUCCAAGAGUCCACGUAACCGGGCAGCACUUGGAACAUGCUCUGUAGGAGCAAUGGCAAUAGGUUCACAUAAACACAGACUGGUUCAGGUUGGAAAGGAUCUCUGGAGGUCACCUGGUACAAAAUCCCUACUUGGGCAGUGUCAACUAGAACUGGUUGCACAGGACCAUGUCCAUACAGCUCCAGGGAUUGAGACUCCACAACUUCGCUGGGUAACGUGUGCCAGCACUCACACCCUCAAACUAACAACAUGGGAAGGUGACAAAAACUUAUUAAUUGUGCCAUAAAAGACAGCUGGAUUUCACCAAUGGUUAUGUGAAGUCUGGCCAUUUCUCACAUAUAAUGGAAUGACUAUAUUUGGGACCUUUUAUAGAGAACAAUCUUGCAAGGGCCGACAGCACCAAGGUGAUUCUAUACAAAUCUGAGAUUACCUAAGAAACAACAUCACAAACACCAAACUUUGGUAGGGAUGUAGAAAAACAGACCAAUGGAGAAAAAACAAUCAGAGGUGAUUGGAUUGUUUGAGAAAGAGUGAAGCUAGUAAACACAAAAAAAAAAGAUGGGAAAUGUGGAAAGAAUUGGGAUCUAAAGGGUAGCUAAUCACAGGAUCAGGGAUGUUUAGGCUUCAUGUCAGACAGUCUUGUACCUGAUUGCAGUGCUUUUCAGUAAGGCAUUAAAUUUGCUCUUUCCACCAUGGACUGACCUGCUUCCAUGGCCACAAGGGAUCUGGUGUCUUCCCAGGUGCACAUCUUCUUGUAAAGAAAGUUUUCUACAUCACACCUCUCUGAGUGCUAAAGAAACCGGUAUCAUUAUUCUUUUCUGCAUAACAAGGACCCAAACAAGGAGUAGAAAACUCCUUUUCUUGCAGAAAAGCUGUAUUGCCUCAUGGGAUUUUCCCUCAGAAAAACUUUAUCUGGCACACACUCUCAGUUUCAUUACUCUUAGUCUGUGUGCAUCUCCCCUUUGCAACAGUAAAAGUAAAAAUACUCAAUGAUUUUUGUGUCUUGAAACAAAACCAAGAUGCAUCCCUUUACAGCAGGCCUAGGGGAGAAAUCUGACAAAACCAAGAGUUGCAUUCUUCGUCACUUCAUUAGAGAAAAAAAUAAACAGGAUAAAUAGGACAGUAAUAAGGCGUUUUUCAAGUACAUCAAUAGUAAAAGGAAGACGAAGGGAAAUGUGGGCCUGCUGCUAAACACUUGGUGUUCCCUGGUGACUGAGGAUGCAGAGAAGGCCAAAGUACUGAAUGCAUUCUUUGCUUCAGUCUUUAUGGCCAAGGCUGGCCCUUCAGAAGCCCAGUCCAGCAGGGAUAACAGAAUGGUCUGGACAGCAGAGGAUUUGCCUUGGGUGGAAGAAGAAGAGGUUAAAGACUUGUUGGCCAAGCUUAAGGCUCAUAAAUCAUUGGGUCCUGAUGGGAUGCAUCCUUGAGUGCUGAGGGAGCUGGCUGAUGUGAUUGCUAAGCCUCUCCCCAUCAUUUUUGAACAAUCAUGGAGGGCAGGCAAAGUGCCUGAGGACUGGAGAAAGGCCAAUGUCAAGCCAGUCUGCAAAAAGGGCAGGAAGGGUGACCCAGGAAACUACAGGCCGGUCAGCCUCACCUCCAUCCCUGGAAAAGAGAUGGAACAACUCAUCCUGAAUGUUAUCACUGAACAUAUGAAGGAUAAGAUGGUUAUCAGGGAGAGUUAACAUGGCUUCACCAAGGGGAAAUCCUGUUUGACUAACCUGACACCAAUCUUCUAUGAGUCCAUAACUGACUGGCUAC